UGAUGACACAGCGAUGGUUCGCAUAAAGAAUAGGUAUAUAGCGGUGCAGAUUGUGCCCUACACGCCAACACAAUCUCUGCGACUCAACGACCACAGCCUGACCAAGAUCCUGCUUCAGAAUGUGGAGAAGUAUUACGGAGUCUAUGGCCUCGCCGUGAUCGAGCAGGGAUUUCGAGUGAAAUACAUCAACGAUCGCACGAAAAUGGCAAUCAUACGCUGUCUCCAUCGAGGCCAACGCUUCGUGUCCAGCGUAUUGCCAUUGAUUACUUUGAUCGGAGAUGUACGGGCCAAGUUUAGGACGCUGUACAUUGGUGCCACCAUCAUCCAAUGCAACAAGUUCAUAGUCAAGCACCAAAAACAGUUCCUGGACCGCACCAUGGGUCAGAUAACCUCCGCCAAGGAGCGCCAGGAUCUCUUCAAGCGCGUAAUGGAGUUCGACAUGGACAGAUAGCACAUAGUUUGUUUAGAAUGUAAUUAAGUAAUUAUAUUUAAUGGUUUUCUUAUAGAAAACCCAUGCUUCCAAUUCAACU